UGUUGAUGUAAUAUUAAUUUAUAAACAAAUCAAAGCUACCGGCAUGUAGGUCUUGCAUGCAAAUCUGUUUAGUGUAUUCUUUGUGUUGCACAUGGAUCUUAUCUUGUUGAUUUUAUGUGAACUCUCCUACUAAAUCUGACUUGUCUUAGGCGGUAGUAUUCCAUGAUUUACAAUUUUUUACAUUAUUUUUCUCUGAUGCACUUUAAAAUAAGCAUCCUGGUUCAGACUUCAAACUGUCAGAGAGAUUGUAUAGCAUCAUAUUUGUGAUCACUAAAGUGGUAAUCGUCUUUGUCAUAUUUGUUGUUGAUCAUCUGAGCAUGUCAUGAUAGGUGGAAUAUCUUCAGAUAGUUACUCCGAGUUUCUGACCAAUAAUACCCAAGUGUAAAAAGAUCCAGAUCAGAUCAAGGUAGUUAUGAAGAUAAUUUAGCAGCUCCUGACACUUACCAAAUGAUUUGGGCUUGGUGAAAAUCGAACCAAGUAAUAGCCAACUUAGAACUUGGCUUGUUCAGAGAGAGGGCAUGCUAAGUCAAGCUAGGAAGCUAUCACCAUCACUGAAAAUUCAAUGAAACGUCUCCAUCAUGCUACUAAUUUUCAGAGUUGGUGACUGGAAAACUGUACUGGUCAAAAUGGAUAAAUGAUUCCACACAUAGUUAAUUGAUGUUCAAAGCAUUCAGUUUGACUGAGUACAAAUGUCAAUUGAAAUAAGGUGAGGUGUCAUGUUGAAAUUGGCUGACAGUCUCAUUCAUGGUAAGGUUCCAUGGCCAGUUGGAGCAUGUAUGUUGAUUGUUAUUCCAGAUAGUUGUCUGCAAGAUUGAAAAAUUCUACUAGGGUUCUUCUGGAUUCAUGAAAAGUGUGGUGAAGUCAAGCGCAUAUGAAAUUGCUUCUUCUCUUUGUCACCAAUGUAUCACAAUUCUUGCUAAAAAAUGGGGGAAGAAAAUGUACCACAAAUAUAUCACGGAGGUUUGCAGGAAGUCAGGAACUCAGUGGAGGACACGUAGCUGAAGGUUUGAUUUUCAUCUAUGAGCUCACAAAGCUUUAAAUUCUUACUUGCAUGCGUCACAGAGAUUAUAAUGAUUUUAUUUAGUGCAAACUGAUGCUUGCUGAAUCAGUCUUGUUAUCUUAAUUUCUUAGCCUUUUUAUCGCCAUGAAAUUCUGACAUGAGCAAGGAAUAGAGUGGUUCAGUGGCUCCACAAUGAGUUGUUGCUGUUAUUUUCUUGUUCUUGUCAUGAUUGCUUGUUUGUCCUCCUGGACGACAACCACUACCCUGGCUGAUCCUCGGGCAACGGUGGUUCGUGAGUUCUGCAACAAAACCCGAGAUGACGGCCCUGGAGCAGUUUGGGCCAACAACUUUGUCGUUUCCUUCGACAACUUGAACUCAGAUCUUGAGCAAAAGGGAUGGGGGAUAACUUCCGUUGGGCAAGAUCCUAUUACCUUCUAUGCGCUUGUGCAAUGUCUGGAAGAUCUCAGCAAGGUCGACUGCACGCUCUGCUACUCAGAAAUAAGGUCUCUUCUACCAAAAUGCUAUCCUGAAAUUGGAGGCCGGAUAUAUCUUGAUGGCUGCUUCAUGAGGUAUGCAAAUUACUCUUUCUUUGACGAGAUCAUGGACUCGUUGGACACAAGUGUGUGCUCCUCCAGUAACCACAGCUCAGACCAGCAGGGUUUUAGUUCUGCUGUGAAUACUGUGUUGAGUAAUGUCACUACCUUGGCUGUCAAGAGCAACAGAGGAUUUGCAGUUAGUUCAGCUUUUAGAUCAAUGGAAGUUGCAGCUUAUGCACUUGGUCAGUGCUGGGAGAACCUGAACACUUCGAGCUGUGCAGCCUGCCUCAGUGCAGCUGCAGCAUCGGUGGCCAAGUGUGCACCAGCAGAGGAAGGCCGUGCACUCUUUGCUGGCUGCUUCAUUAGAUAUUCGACAGCACCUUUUUGGAACACAGAGGAUUCUGUGUCAAGGCUCAGCUCAAAGAAACGGGUUGUUCUUUGGACAGUCCUGAGUUCCUCUGUUUGUGUCAUACUUGUACUUAUCAUCUCAGUAUUGGCAUGGCAGAAGAAGAAAGCUCGUCAGGCAAGAGAAAGAUCACUGAAAGCUGCAGAUUUGUAUGGCUCUGAACUUCCUGCGAGGAUUUCUCAAUCAGGUCUGAAUUUCAGUUAUAAGGAUUUAAAGAAAGCAACAUGUUCGUUCGAUUUAACGAACAAGAUAGGCCAAGGCAGCAACGGUACUGUGUACAAGGCUAUUCUUCCUGGUGGGAAUGAAGUCGCUGCAAAGAGAUUGUUCCUGAACACAAAACAGUGUAUCGAUCAGUUCUUCAAUGAAGUUGAUGUGAUAAGCCAAGUGCGUCACAAAAAUUUGGUGAAAUUGCUUGGAUGCAGUGUCGAUGGCCCAGAAAGCUUCUUGAUAUAUGAGUACCACUUCAACAGGAGCUUAGAUCUGUUCAUAUUCACUGAUGACCAGAACAGGCAUUUGGAUUGGAAACAAAGGUUUGAUAUUAUUUAUGGCAUAGCAGAGGGUCUAUGCUACCUCCACGAAGAAUCAGAAACUCGGAUCAUUCACCGGGACAUCAAAGCCAGCAAUGUCCUCUUGGAUCAAAAGCUGAAGCCAAAAAUCACCGACUUCGGGCUUGCUCGAGUCCUCUGCGGUGACAGAACACAUCUUACGACAGGAAUCGCUGGGACUGUUGGUUACAUGGCUCCUGAGUAUGUUGUGCACGGACAUCUCACCAAGAAGGCAGAUGUGUACAGCUUCGGCGUGCUGGUUAUCGAGAUCGUCACCGGGAAGCGGUGUUGUGGGUCGACGGGGUCUCACUCCGGGCAUUCACUUUUGGCAGAGGUGUGGCUUAGUUACAAGGCUAACACGGUGGAGAAGAUCGUUGACGCGAGACUGCGGCAGCAGGUGGGCGCCUUCGAAGAAAUCACGCGCGUUGUGCAGGUCGGGCUGCUGUGCACACAGGCCAACCCCGACGAGCGGCCGGCCAUGUCGAGAGUGGUGGAGCUGCUGAGGGACAGGGACGGAGCACGUGGCGACGCGGGGUUCGUCCUGGGCGGCCCGCCGUUCUUCGAGGUCGACGUGGCGGGAGGUGGUGGCGGCAAUGAAGCAUCCACGCUGUUGCCCACUUGCCCUGAUUGAAGCUGGGUCUCCGAUGAAGUCUCCGCCGGUUCGUAUUCUGAGUUCAGUAGUAUUCAGAUGAUUGCUGGACCUACAGUGCUUUACUGCUUUUAUGGUUUUUUUCUGAAUCUGAAUGGGCAUUUUCCCAUCUGAGCUGCAGUGACGUUGAAACUGUUCGUUUUGCAUGCCUCUUCAUGUAAUGCACCUUGAACUAUACGAGUCCACUUUCAACGAUGAAA